CCACCAUCCUCCUCUUGUCCAUUUCUCUUUCUCUCUUCUCUUCAUCUCUUCAUCUCUUCAUGUCUCCAUCCUCAUCCUCCUCAUCCGCGCCACCAACAAUGCUCUCGUCACCACCAUCCCCUCCCCCACCACCGUUGUCCUCCUCCUCCUACAUCACCCCUACAUCCUCUCCAUCAACAGACGUCGCGCGCCGUCUCUCUCGCCGGGCCAAGCGACUGCGUCCUCAAGCUGAGGGUCAGAUUAUCGCCGACCACCUCACUUCCGCCUUCUCGGACACAUCAGUCUUCGCCGCCCUCGCUCAACGCGGAUCACCCCUGCCACCCUCGCUGGCCGCCGCUCACGAAGAGCGCAUUGCCGCUGUUGGCGAUUGCACCUCCUCGGCCGUGCCAAUUCCAUCCUUUUGGAAGAUCAAGAUUGCACGCACUCUCACAUCCCUCCUAGCCGCGCACGAGAGUCACCGCACUUAUCUCGCUUGGAUAGCCUUCGGUCCCGCUGUCGCCCGAGCGGUGCUCCUCGAUUCAGAAACAAUCGCUCUGGAAGCAGAUGUCGCUUUUCUGUCUACCAAUCCCCGCUCACUCCCCAUCAGUGACUUGUUCACAAAGGACGCGCCUCAUUUCCCGGCAGACCAGCCGCGCCUCAUCUCUUUCCUUGCAACGGCACUCGAGCUCCUCUCCUCUCCUAUGCUUCCUCCGCUGCAUCCAUCAGCUAUUGACAUUUUUCUCUCCCCGCCUCGCCAUGCCGUGUUCAACCCCCCACCUCUUCGGCCUCGCCGUCGCAUGCGCACACCACCACCCUACCGCCCUCCGCGUAUGAACAUUGUCGAACUCAGCACCCCACCGCGCUCUACCUCGCCGCAGAAACGCCGUUCCCCUGCCGGCGGCGGAAGUCCUCCGAAGCGUCCCGCCAUUGAUGUGAACGCCUGGCGUGAUGGCAAGAGUGGUGCUGCACUCUUCGACUUCGACCCCGACCUUUGUGUUUACGAGCGCUGCGGUUCCCCAACCGAACUCGACACGCCUCCUCCCUCCGAAGGCGCAGCGGCGGCCAAACCUCAGCGCCCUUCCCCCCCUCCUCCCCCCAAGCUGACCUUCAAGGGGAAUGCAACCUUGCGCCCCGCGCGGUCCGCAUUGAAGGCCGAGGAGACUGUGCGCCCUGGACGAUUUGGCUUGCAGGCCAAUGAGACCAUCCGCCCGGGCACUUUGGGCUUGAAGCCAGCCUGGGAGGGACCAGCCCGUGCGUCGACCAUGCUCCCAGCGAGCCAGGGAAACGACAAUAUUGCGGCCCUCACGAGUCUCAGUCUGCAGCCGGCUGGGGACAUCUCUAUCAGCAAAAUGGAGGGGUUGCCCUCAACUGAAAGUCCCGAAAUCCCGCCUGUCCCGAUCGACUCGGACGACAGCAAUCAGCCCAGCUCUGGUUGCGCUGGGUUGAAAGUGGAGGACUACCUCGCCGUCCUCGUUGAACGAAAAGUUCGAGUUGUGCUCGUAUCGAGUAUCGAGAUGGACCUUGCGGUCGGGGCUAUCCGGUCCGCAGAGUGAUAAAAGUGCCCGUAGCUAGAGGGUGCUUUGUCCGUGGGUAUAUACUUCAUCAUUUGUUGCCACCAGUACAGCCAUCAUAGACUCCACCUUCGCCUACAUACUGGCGUUAUAGUUUGUUGUAUUCCACGGCAUGUUCAAUUAUUCUCGUGUGUUGAAUGGAGUCAAACCGCCAUCCC